UCUCGUGUCCCACCUCCCCUCUCCACUUCCUCUCCCCCGAGCCUCGCUCACCAGCCUCUCCUUCCUGUCUUCUGUCCCCAGUGCUCCACAGCCUCACCCCCAGGCAAGCAUGGCCACCAUCCCAGACUGGAAGCUCCAGCUGCUAGCCCGGCGCCGGCAGGAGGAGGCAGCGGUGCGUGGCCGGGAGCAGGCCGAGCGAGAGCGCCUGUCCCAGAUGCCAGCCUGGAAGCGGGGGCUCCUGGAGCGCCGCAAGGCCAAACACGGGCUGUCCCCUGGGGAGCAGGGCCCUGUGCCAGGGACUGUGGAGACUGGGCCUCCAGACCCGGACGAGUCAGCUGUCCUCCUGGAAGCCAUCGGGCCAGUGCGCCAGAAUCGAUUCAUCCGGCUGGAGCGGCAACAGCAGCAGCAGCAGCUGAGGAACGAAGAGCUGCUUGCUGAGAGAAGGCCUGGGCCGCUGGAGGUUCGGGAGGGCAGACCCAGCCCCUGGCAGACUCCGGAUCAGAGCCCCAAGGGACCAGAGCCCAGGGAUGAGAGGCUUAGUCCUCCCGAGGCCACCGAGAAGAGGCUGGGGGGAGGGGGAGCCUGGGAGGCUAGCCCCAGGCCUUUAGAGCCCCGAGACUGGAGGCCGGGUCCUGAAGAGGCUGGAGGCCCGAGCUGCAGACCUGCAGAGGCGCGGACAUGGAGGUUCAGCCCUGGAGAGACUCCAGAACACGGUCUCAGGAGGACAGAGGUGGUGGAAAGUAAACUGAGCCCAAGGGAGUCUGGCAACCAGAAGCCGGGCCUGACGGAGCCCUGUAAAUGGAGGCUUGACUGUGGAGAGGCCCUGGAGCAGAGUUCACAAUGGAGGCCACGCUCAGGAGAGGACAGCAAAGACGUCUCAAAGGAACCUGGGACAAAUGAAGACAGGCCCAUUCGCAGGCCAGCCUCGGAAGACACUGCGGGGCUGCCAGAGACCCCAUGGCGGGAGGCUCCAGAAAGUGGCCCUGGACAGGUGGAGGCAGCAGAGCAGGAGCAGGAGGCUGGCCUGGUGGAGGAUGGUGAUCUGGCCUUGAAGCCGACAGGAGGGUGGAAAUGGACCCUGAACUCGGGGAAGGUUCGAGAGCGGACCCCCAUGGACAUAGAGAUUCAAACUCAGAAACCAGAACCUUCUGAGUUGGCUGAGAAGCGGCUGGGGGCUCCUGAGGUAGAGCCUGGAGAAGGGGAGCCUGAGGAAGAGGAGGUGGGGGCUCAGAGCAGGCCUCUGAGCACCCUGCAGAACCACUGCUCUGGGCCCUCCCCCCUCCCCCCGGAGGACGCUGGGACCGGAGGCCCUGGGCUGCAGGAAGAGGAAGCAGUGGAACCCAGGCCCUCACCAUCAGUGCCUCUGUCUCCCCCACCCCCUGCCCCACCUGUCCCCCAGGCCUCUGGGGAUCCCCUCAUGAACCGCCUGUUCUAUGGGGUGAAAUCAGGGGUGGGGGGGCCCCGCCGCAGCGGACACACCUUCACGGUCAACCCCCGGCGGUCUGCGCCCCCUGCAGCCCCGGCCACUCCGGCAGGCCCUGCCACGGCUGAUGCUGCAGCUCCUGGGGCUGGGAAGAAGCGGUACCCGACUGCCGAAGAGAUCUUGGUUCUGGGGGGCUACCUCCGCCUCAGCCGCAGCUGCCUUGUCAAGGGGUCCCCAGAAAGACACCACAAACAGCUCAAGAUCUCCUUCAGCGAGACAGCCCUGGAGACGAUGUACCAGUACCCCUCUGAGAGUUCGGUGCUGGAGGAACUGGGUCCAGAGCCCGAGGCCCCCAGUGCCCCUGGGCCCCCAGCAGCUCAGCCGGACGAUGAGGACGAAGAGGAGGAGCUGCUGCUCUUACAGCGGGAGCUCCAGGGCGGCCUUCGGACCAAGGCCCUGAUAGUGGAUGAGUCCUGCCGGCGGUGACUCCUCCCCCUCCUGCCCACCACGGAAGAUCCCGGAGCCUAGCCCAUCCUGAGCAGUCCCUGAAAAGGAGCGUGUCCCGGAAGGCACAGCCCCCAGCUUGCUUUUCUCAUGCUGCUUCUGAGGGCAGAGCCAGGUGCCCACCUCUAGCCCGAUCCCAAGGUGCCCGAUGUGUCGAUCGUGCUGGUGCCUCGAGGUGCUCCAAGAGUGAGUCCCAGGCUCCGGGGAGGCGCACAAAGCCCACUGAGGGUGUGCGUGUUCAGCACCCCAUCUCCACUGGCCGGGGACAACACGGCCUCCAGGGCCUUCGCCUUCUUCAGCUCCCCACCACCCCCAGGGUACUCUCAGGAUUUAAGCACUGUCUCCCUGGAAGGCCUGGCCUGCACCCUGACCCCUAGGCCACCACCCUUGUGUUUACAGCCCCUGCCUUCUCUCCAGACCACCGCCUGGUUUACCAACCGGGCAGCUCCCAGCCCCACGCUGCCAAAACCCAGGUUUACAAGCCACGCCCUCUUGCCACGUGGAUCUCCUCCCCCCACUAGCCUGUGUCUGCCUCGGUGGGAGUGGCUCGGGGCGUGGCCACUCCCACUUGGGCUCAGUAUUACUGUGCCUCAGUUUCCCCCCCCCGAGGUUGGGACUCUCUUGACCCUAUACUUCCACACAGUUAUUUAAUUUCCGUUCUUCCUCGGGGUUCACAAUUGAACUGAAUGAAAGGAACGUGGGGCGACGACGGAGGCAGCUGGCCUCUCCUUCCUGAUUUGUUGUGGUUUUGUAAUUUUCCAAAUUAAAUGGAGCUCUCUCCGA